AUGGCCGAGAAAGCAAUUCACGUAGUGAUGGUUCCAUGGUCUGCCUUUGGCCACUUGAUACCGUUUUUCAAACUUUCCAUAGCCUUAGCCAAAGCUGGUGUUCGUGUCUCCUACGUAUCAACUCCCAGAAACAUUGAAAGACUUCCCAAAGUUCCUCCAGCUUUAACUGAUUUGGUUGAUUUUGUGUCACUUCCUUUGCUAAAAUUGGACGAAGAUCUCUUGCCAGAAAAUGCUGAAGCCACCGUGGAUAUUCCGCCUGAAAAAAAUCAAUACUUAAUGUUGGCAUAUGACCAUCUCCAACAUGGUGUGAAGCAAUUUGUGGCCGAUCAGUUACCCGAUUGGAUCAUUUGUGACUUUAGUACUCACUGGAUUGUAGACAUUUCGCAAGAGUUUCAAGUACAGUAUAUCUUCUUUAGUGUUUUCCCUUCUCUUGCACUAACAUCAUUCGGAGCAGGAAGUAAGCGGAAAACUCCUAUAUCUCCGGAAAGCAUAAGAAAAAAACCAUCAGAUUGGGAGAAUUAUCCAUCGUCAGCUUCUGAGGUGCGUGACUUUGAAAGGAUCACGACGUUAAUUUCUGCUUCUCAAGCAAUAAUAUGUCGUGGCUGCUACGAGAUUGAUGGAGAAUAUCUGCGUGCAUACCAAAAACAAUCUGAGAAGCCUGUGAUUCCCAUAGGUAUGUUGCCUGUAGAGAGAGGAAUUGUUGAUGGAUGUAAGGAUAAGAUAUUUGAGUGGCUUGAUAAGCAAGCAUCCAAAUCAGUUUUAUUUGUAGGUUUUGGCAGUGAGGCCAGACUUAGAAAGGACCAAGUUUUGGAGAUAGCUUAUGGACUUCAGGAGUCCGAAUUACCAUUUUUAUGGGCACUGAGAAAACCAAGUUGGGCAAGCGAUGAUGAAGAUUUUCUACCUGCUGAUUUUAUUGAGAGGACAAGUAAUAGAGGAGUUGUUUGUAAGACAUGGGUCCCACAACAAAAAAUAUUGGCUCAUCCAUCUAUUGGAGCGUCUUCGUUUCACAGUGGUUGGAGUUCUGUCAUUGAAGCCUUGCAGUUUGGUCAUGUCCAAAUUUUAUUACCCUUACAGGUGGAUCAACCUAUUAAUGCAAGGUUUAUGGUGGAAAAGGGUCUAGCCAUAGAAGUGAAUAAAAAUGAAGAUGGGUCAUUCACUGGAAAAGACAUCGCCAGAUCUCUUAGACAAGCUAUGGUAUCAGAGGAAGGAAAGAAAAUAAGAAGUAAUGUAGAAGAAGCUGCUGCAAUUGUAGGAAACAUGGAACUCCACCAAGGUCAUUACAUAGCUGAAUUUGUUCAGUUUCUGAAGAGUGGAAUCUGGAAACAAAAAUCAAGUUGA